AUGGGUUCGGGAAGUAGUGUACCGGCUCAAUCGCGUCAUUUAGCCGGUGGUGGUGGUGGCGGUGGUGGUGGUGGUGGUGGUGGCGGUGGUGGUGGUGGUGCAAAUAAUGGUGGAGUUGAAAAUGGUGAACAGCAAAAAGUGGAUCCACGAUUACCGUAUACAAAUUUUCGGGAAUUAUUUACAUUGAAGAAUUAUUGGAAAACUGUAAGGCGAAAUGAACGUGAUUGCGCCAAAAUGAUGAUUGCUAAAUACUUGAAGCAUAAUCCGGAUUACAAGGAAAAAUAUCCGAAACUAAAAAACAUUGACGUGAAUACGGUAGAUGCUGCAACGAUAGAUGCUGGCUUCGAAACGGUUGCAGCUAAUUAUUUAAAGGUAUUUGAUGAUGUAAUAACGACGGUCGAGGAAAAACCAGGUGAUGUCUCAGAUGCUUGUUCAAGACUUUCAGCUGUUGGUAAAAUGCAUAGGACUAAGGUAAAU